AUGCCAGUCGCGUUGGACGACCCGAGAGUCCGCUUGCGGAAGACUGCAUUCGUGACAUAUCACCAUGCAGACCUGGACAGAGCGUCCAAGUUUCUGUUGGAUUUCGGCUUCGAGGUCGCCGAACGAAGAGACGACGCCGUCUUCUUCAAGGGCUACGGCCCAGACGCAUACUGCUAUGUCGCAAGGAAGGCCGAGGACGGUGUGGCGAGGUUCGGCGGCGCUUCGUACCUCGUGGAAGCCGAGUCUGAGCUCGAGAAAGCCAGCAGGAUACCGGGCGCGUCGGCCGUCGGCAAACUCGACGGGCCAGGCGGUGGCGUCUCCAUCACCCUGACCGACCCCGUCGGCCACCUGGUCCAUCUCGUGCACGGCAUCCAGGAAAAGCAGCCCGAGCCCAAAGGCCUACCGAAGCUCGUGGUCAAUUACGAGGACGAGAAGCCCCGGCUCGGCCGGUUUCAGAGACUCAAGGAGGGACCUGCCCCCGUGCACAAAUGGGGACAUUACGGCGUCAGCUACCCCCCCGGGACGUACCGGGAGAUGGUGGACUGGUACACGUCGAAUUUGACGCUGGCCUUCUCCGACAAAGUGACUGUCGAAGGGGAGGACGCGAUAUCCUUCUUCCACAUUGACAGAGGCCUAGAGUAUACCGAUCACCACAGCUUCUACGUCAAGCCUGCGAAGGCGGACGAGAAGCCCGACGUCGCGCACAGUGCGUUUGAAGUUCACGAUUACGACGUGCAGCAGUUGGCCCACAACUACCUCGAGUCCAGGGGUUACAGGCUCUCGUGGGGUGUCGGGAGGCAUGUCCUGGGUAGUCAGAUCUUUGAUUACUGGUACGAUGAGUCCGGAUUUGAACUCGAGCAUUACGCCGACGGGGACCUGGUGAACAGUGAGACGCCGGUGACUGUGCAGGAGAAUGGACCGAAGACCAUGUAUGUUUGGGGUCCGCCGAGGCCUGCGGCUCGAGGUUGA